UCAAGUCAAGUGAGAGAUGCUGGCCUGGAGUGUCGCGCUCAAAGAGAAGGACAGAUCAGUUCGAGGAUGAGUACUUCGCGUUUCGAAACACCAGGGUUGGAAGAAGAAGAGGAAACUCUGACAUCUUCUGACUAUCGUGCUUUUGCGAAUGAUCCGUUGCUUUCUGGCGGUUUUCAGUCCAUGCAUGGUUAUGGUUCUUCUGUACCCAACACUCCUCUUCAGUCGGAACUCCCCUACGAGAAUUCCUGGACGGACGAAGUGCCGGAACGUGGUUUCGAUAACAGCUCACAGCCUGCCUCCAAUACUCAUUAGAGUCAGCAAGCUACUGACCGUCAUCAACACUGCGCCCCCACCCUACGUACAGGAAAUCCUGUAGAGCCCUCCGCAUAUAGUUCCACGUCGCUCAUUACCCAUCCAUCGAACGAUUCCAAUUCAGCAGUUAUUUCUCCGAUUCGUGGCUCGUCAUCGCUGGAAUUCGAGGAGGACCAUGAAAGCAUGCGUAUUAUAGAUGUAUUGCAUGCUGAGCCUGAUGGCUAUUUCUACUGUCCUUCGUGUUGGGAGCCAUUCAGAACCAGAGGAGACAUACGACGACACUUUCGUCGCCACGCACAACCGGUAUUAUGUCCUUAUUGUCCGAUCAGGAUGGCUCAGCAACGAGACAUGGCAAAACAUGCCAGAACCCAUGGUCAACGAGACCGCUUCAGAUGCGCAGUGUGCGACGAGACUUUCACCUUACACUACAACCUGCAACGGCACGCAAGGCGGCAACAUGGUAUUGACAUGGUUGUUGAACCUGGACAGUGAUACACUCCUUUUGUUCUUUUAAGACAUUCAUUUACACUGGCUACUCAUGCCGUAAAAAUUUGGUCGAUUCGAUGUUUAAUGUGUUCCUGUGCUGUUGUUUUACCAACUGAAAAUAACUAAAAGAAAUUUUCGAACACACGGUGCCCC